AUGUUUGUUUUGCGAGUGUUUACAUAAAACAGGGAAUUUCAUACAUUUGACUAAAAUUGUAUGAAAGAGGAUUGAUUUGUAAAAAACCUGCUUAAAAUGGACGCGUACGAUAUAUUUAAAAAGUUAACAAAGGGCCUCAGUUUUUCCUCUAAAAACAAAAUGCCCAAGGAUAGGCCAGUGAAGGAGCUAGCAAAAGAAAACGUGCCUGUUUUACAUGAAAUCGGGGAAAAUGAGGUCGUUAAAACCCCUAAAAAGCGUGAGAGAGACGAUUCAAUCAUGUUAAUGAGCGGUAUGAAUCAUGGCGAGAAACCUGAGGGAAAGAAGAGAAAACUGUUGAGUGAGGAGCAACUGGAAAGUAAAAAAUUGUUGCUUGAGAAAGAAGAGGUCAAUCAUUACAGAAACCUUAAUAACAUCUCUGUAGUUGGUAGACGAGUACCAAACCCUGCCAGAUCAUUUGAAGAUCUCAAUGUGGACAAAGAUAUAGUUUCAAAUUUAAUUAAAUGUGGUUAUGAUGAACCUACGCCCAUUCAGAAACAAGCUGUUCCUAUAAUGCUUGAAAAAAGAUCUCUACUAGCGUGUGCUCCUACGGGUUCUGGAAAAACUGCAGCUUUCCUUAUCCCAAUAAUUCACCACCUGAAGACUCCUCAAAGACAAGGUUUCAGAGCACUAAUCUUAUGCCCCACUCGAGAAUUAGCCUCUCAAACUCAACGGGAAUGUUUGAGACUUAGCGAGGGGCGAGGCCUUAAAAUACACAUUAUUAGCAAAGUGAAUAAGGCUAUAUCGCAGUACGGACCUAAAAGCAAUCAGAAUUACGAUAUCCUGAUUACGACUCCUAACCGGCUGUGUUACUUAUUGAAGCAGGAUCCACCGGGAAUACAGCUUGGAAAUGUCCAAUGGUUGGUUAUAGACGAGGCGGACAAACUGUUCGAAGACGGCAGUCGCAGUUUCCGCGAUCAGCUGAACCAAGUUUUAGAAGCUUGUAACAAUAAUGACCGCAAAAUCGCCAUGUUUAGUGCAACCCAUACUCCCGUGGUUGCCAAAUGGUGCGUCCAUAAUAUGCCCGGGCUUAUAAGGGUUACCGUUGGACAGAGAAAUGCAGCUACGGAUACCGUAGAUCAGAAACUGCAAUUCGUUGGUUCUGAGCAGGGUAAACUGAUCGCAUUACGUGAUCUGAUCCGUCAAGGGAUCACACCUCCCGUUCUGAUUUUCGUCCAAAGCAAAGAUCGGGCUCAGCAACUGUUCAACGAGCUAAUCUACGAUGGGAUUAUGGUAGAUGUGAUUCACGCCGACCGGACUCAGACACAGCGGGACAACGUAGUGAAAUGCUUCCGAGAGGGUAAAAUCUGGGUGCUAAUCUGUACCGAGCUGAUGGCCAGAGGGAUCGAUUUUAAAGGGAUUAAUUUAGUUAUUAACUAUGACUUUCCACCCUCGGCGAUCUCUUAUGUUCAUAGGAUAGGACGGGCUGGACGUGCGGGGAGACGAGGUCAAGCAGUCACUUUUUUCACCGAAGAAGACACCCCUCUGCUCCGCAGUAUCGCAUACAUCGUAAAAGAGUCCGGCUGUGAGAUCCCAGAAUACCUCCUCACUCUAAAGAAAAAAUCGAAAAAAGAAGCGAAGAAAAUGGCGAAAAAAGCCCCUGCAAGGGAUGACAUCACAACGGUGCCACUUUACGAUCGCAUUAAGGGCGGAAAGAAAAAAAAAUUCCGGGAAAUUGAGAAAAGGAUGAGAGACAAGGACCCUAAGAGCAAGAAAAAUGGCAAAAUUAAUAAGAACAAUAAGAAAAAUAAUGUUAAAGUUAAGAAAAUUAGCUUUAAGAAGAAACCCCUUGGAAAACUUAACAAAUCUAAAUAAAUUUUUUUUUUAACGU